AUGAGGUUAGACACAUAAAGGGACAAAUACAAUGUCAAACACAUCGACAAAUGACCCGGCGACAAUAUAUUUAUCUAAACUUUGAUAAAAUCAUUAAAUAAUGAAACUUACCGUGAAAGGGAAUAUUUGUUGACACUGAAUGUUAUCAGAAAUGAAAAAUACAGCGUCCUUUUAUUCUCAAUAUGUUAUUUUGACUUUAUUUUCAUCGAGUUAUUACUUCCUUCCGGUUGUCAUUCGCUGCAAGCAGAAAACUUGGAAUAGGAAAAUAUUGAGUUUAUCACUGAAUAAAGACAGAGUAAUAAAGAAUCAUGACGUCCCGAGUACACAGAGACUUUGUUAAGGAGCCUAUGGGAAACAAGUCUGCAACGGCGCUGCCUGGGAUCGGUAUUGUGGCAGGACGAAACCUGAGUGCGGCAGGAUACGCCAAGGCGUCCAAUGUUUUUGGCAAGUUCCUGGUUUUAAACCGAGAUGAAACUCAGUUUAAAAAAUGGUUAAUGAGUACUGCUGGGGCAAAUACUGGACAACAGAAUCAGUGCUACCAAUGCCUUGUAGAGUACAAUAGCAAGUGGAUGUAGUGACAUGUUCUUGUAGUAGUGACAUGUUCUUGCAGUGUUUUGACAUCUUCAUGUAGAAGUGACAUGUAUUUGUGGUGAGACGUGUUCUUGAAUGAUGUAAACAGUAA